UGGUCGCACAUCCCCUUCUUCGCGUAAAUCUGGAAAAACACACGUUUCGGACUUCUUUCUCAUGUUGUUUUCGUGCGUCCUUCUUCACAGUUUCUUUUCCUGAUGAGAUUAUAAACAGAGGAGAGUGCAGCUCUGCAUGUCAGAAGUAGAAAUUGAUGGUGGAAGUUUAUUCAUGUUUACACGAAGCCGAAAUCGGGCUGCACGAGCGGUUUAGCUCGGGAGUUAGGCCGGGGGAGAAAGCGGACUAAACUCCUUCUGGUCUCUUGACGGGCGAUCAUGGAGUCGGUCAGCAGUCUGUCCAUGCUGGGCCGCAAGCAGCUCACUGUCUGCCUGGUGGACUGUAUGAAGACUCUGGGGGUCCCGAGGGCAGAGCCUGAAGCCCCGUCUGGUGACCUUCCAGUCCUCACUCUGAGGAAGCUGUCUGUCUCUUUGGUGGACUGCAUGAAAACUCCAGUGCUGAACAGUGACGAUAAUCACAGCAGCUUGCAGCUCAACUUGAAAGAGGAGGACGAGCAGUUGGGGAGAGAGUACGAGGGCUCAAAGCUGGAGCUGCACCCAGUCUGGCAGGACAGUGGAGUCGGAGCAGAGAUUCAUUUGUAUAAAGAAGAAGAAGAAAAUAAAAACAACAUCUUGGUGGAAAACAAACCUGAAGAGCUUGCUCGGACUGAUGACAAAAUGUUAGUGUUUCAGGAGAACGGCAGUGGCACCAAAGGGAUGGCGUGGCUCAUACAGUGUUCUGAACUAUCAGAGUCCCUCGAAACAGCUGCACUGGGCGCCAGUUCAGAGGAGGACAUGGAUGCAAUGUCACAGCAAAGUCAGGAAGAAGAUGCUUUAUCAGACAGAGCAGAGACGGCACAGCAGGACACUGAAGCAGAGGAAGCUGAAGAUGCAGAAACCCCCGAGCCCGAGUCUGGAGCUCCUUCUUGCGUGUCUUCAACCAAUGAAAACCAAACAGAGAACCAACAGGAUGCUGCGUCUGAACCCCGACACCACCGCUGUGAGCACUGUGGGAAGUCCUUUGCAAGGAAGAGCAACGUCCUCCGACACCAGCGGCACAACUGCAGCAGAACAAAACCCCCAGAAGAUUCAGACCAGCUGGAGCAGGAGACGUUCUCAUGCAGCAGGUGCAUUCUAACAUUUGACACUAAACGCGGGCUAAAGCUGCAUGAGCUCUGUCACAAAGAGAACAGUGAAAGUCACGAGGGCAAAGACAGUAAUGAGGUUCAACGAGAGAGGCCUCACACCUGCACACAAUGCAAUAAGAGCUUCUACGUGCUGUACACACUGCGGCAGCAUCUCCUCAUGCACACUGGGGAGAAAUCUUACCACUGUGAGGUCUGUGGGAAGCAGUUUGGCAGGGAAGGAACUCUGAAGGAGCACAUGCUGAUCCACACAGGGGAGAAACCUUAUAAAUGCGACCAGUGCGGCAAGACCUGUGCCAGGCGCGGGGACCUCAGAAUACACAUGUUGAGCCACUCUGAGGAGAGACCUCACAACUGCAGCCACUGUGGCAAAAGCUUCAAACAGCUUUUCAAACUGAGGAAGCACGAGCGAAUCCACACAGGGGAGAAACCCUACCAAUGUCAGCUUUGCGCAAAGAAGUUUAGACUGCAGGAAUCGCUGGCAUCACACAUCCACACCCACACUGGAGAGCAGCCCUUCAAGUGCAGACUCUGCCCCAAGGCCUUCAGUAUCAGGAGCAACUUGAAGAAGCACCAAAUGAUACACACCGGGGAGAAGCGCUUUCACUGCUCACGCUGCGACAAAAGUUUCCGGCUGCAGCAGCACCUGAUAUUCCAUGAGCGGGGCCACACAGGGGAGAAACCAUACAAGUGUGAAAAAUGUGGGAAAGGUUAUUGUCACCCGUCCACGUUGAAAACACACCUGUCCGCUCAUGAGGAGAAACCACCACGGUGCUCCCUGUGCGGGCAGGAAUUUAGAGAUCAGGAGGAGUUAGCCAAUCACGGGUGCGCUGAGUCAGCAGAAAAACCAUAUCGCUGCUCUCAGUGUGGAAAGUGCUUUUCCCAGAUCAUGAAUAUGAAGAAACACCAGAUGAUCCACUCAGGGGAAAAACCCUUCGCGUGCAAGGAGUGUGGGAAGCAGUUCAACCACAGUGGGAAUCUCACAAAGCACAUGCGCACCCACACCGAUGAAAGGCCGUUUGAGUGUGAACUCUGCAAUAAGCGCUUCAGGCUCCAGCAGCACCUCACAAAUCACAGAUUAACUCACAACAAGAAAAAGUAGAGACUGAAUCUGAUGUUUUAGUGGAAGCAGCCGCAGAUUAGGAGGACAAACAGGGAUGACUGCUGAGAUGAGAUUACGUUGACUCAGCUUCACCCCAUUUUAAGCUUUAACUGUAGCUGUUUUAGUUGUUCUUCAUGUAAAAUGAGACAGAAGAAUGUUAGAGAGAAACUCGCUGCCUUGGUCUUUAAAUGAUAAAAUGCUUUUAGAAUUAUAGUUUGGGACAGUUUUGUAUUCUUUUAUUUUAUUUUUUUUACAGAUUAAUUAAUAUAUUAAAUUGGGGAUUUGUCCCAAAAUGAAAAUGAUGAAAAAAAUGAAAUGCCAAAAAAAGAAACUAUUUCGGGAAUAAAAGUCAAUAUUAAAACCAAAGAACUAAGAAACUAUCUUUUGUCUGGAUGUCAUAGUUUUCAUUGGUAAACUACAGAUUGGAUAUUGAUCAUCAAGUAGUGAGUUACAAUCAUACUUUCACCACACUAGACUCUCAGUACGUCUACCUCACUGUAGUUGUCAGAGUAAUUAAUAAUCUAGAUAAUAGAGAAAAUUAAAAAGAAAAAACUGCUGUUGGUCAAAAUGGGCAUCAACUUUUUGCCCUGUUUUAAGUCAUGUAUCUCUAAUUAAGGAAACGCAUUGCGCUCAUUGACACAGACUGACUCCGAUUGAUUGGCAGAGGUUUCCAAAUAACUGCAGAUUGCAAUCUGUCUGAGAGUUGCCACAACUACUUGUAGAUGGUUGGCCUUGCGAUGUAAUUCAAAGCAACUAUUGGUCACCUAUCUUUAUAAAUUUAUUCUUCUCCUAGUUGCAGAGACAAUGCUUUCCUACCUUUACUCCAGUGUGAUAUCUGCUGUAACCCAAACUGUGCUGCCACUGGAUUUCUUGCAAUGUGCAUGUUUUUAAAGUGAUAUAAACUUCACAUUUUAACGUCUGAUUUAGACUUUGUAAAUCUUUGUACAGCCUACGUGUCAACCUACGCAAGUGGCCAACACUGUUACCAGCAUUCAAACUUGUGCUGGGUGUUUUAUCUGUUUACCUUCAGAUUGUGAGCCUUUAUGUAAUUUCAAUUUUUUAAUGAAGUACCAGUGAUAAUGGAACUAAAUA